UAAACAAUACUACUACUUUCUCUUGAUUUGGAAGCCAAGCUAAGAUACAAGCUUCGAUUAAUUCAACAUCAUCAUUAAUUUAAAAAUGAGAAGGCACUCUUGCUGUUACAAUCAGAAGCUUCGAAAGGGUCUGUGGUCACCUGAGGAGGAUGAGAAACUUCUCAUGCAUAUUACUAAGUAUGGUCAUGGAUGUUGGAGCUCUGUGCCUAAGCAAGCAGGUUUGCAAAGGUGUGGUAAGAGCUGCAGACUUAGGUGGAUAAAUUACUUAAGGCCUGAUUUGAAGAGAGGUACAUUCUCACAAGAAGAAGAGAAUCUCAUCAUUGAGCUUCAUGGAGUAUUGGGCAAUAGAUGGUCGCAAAUUGCGGCACAAUUGCCAGGGAGGACCGACAAUGAGAUAAAGAAUCUGUGGAAUUCUUGCUUGAAGAAGAAGCUGAGGCAGAGAGGUAUAGACCCUGUGACACACAAGAAGAUUCCGGAGGCCGAGAAAGGCAGCGGUGACGGCGAGGACAACGACAGCAGAAACCAAGAAAAGGCAGCAGAAGCAUCGUCCAAUGAGUUGAACAAAUCAGAUGAUGCAACUCCCUAUGUGCAAAACAGAACAUCUUCAAUGAGUUGCCAUCAUCACUCAGAUUUCAUGGGUGGUUUUCCAAUUCAGAUGAUAAAUCAUGCAUCAUCAUCAUCAGAUUCAAAUUCAGUUAAUUGGUAUAGCCACAGUAGUGGAAGGCCUUUUGAUAUCAACACUGAUUUUCCAUUCAAUACCACUUCUAUUCUUACACCAACAACCGCAACCGCAACCAAUUUAUUUCUUCCUACUGAUUCUAGUUUCCUUUACAAGCCUUCUUUUUCUUCUUCUUCCAACUCUCCUGAAAAUAUCUCUAAUACUACACCCUAUGGAUUGAAAGAGGAACAAUACCAAAUUCACAUGAGCAUAGAAGAGUUAGAAGAAUUAUCAUCCAAAUGGGAUGAGUAUUAUUACUACCUUCAUAACCCAGUCUCAAUGCCUGCUUCUUCUGAAUCAUUUUGCAAUGAAAUGAAGCCAGAUAUACACUAUUUGGUACCUGAUACACCAGGUCCCAUUAUGUUACCUCACCAUAAUAAUAAUAAUACCAAGUUCCAAGAACCAUCUCAAAUGGCUACUUUCUUUUCAAAGGACAUUCAGAAGCUCACAGCAGCAUUUGGACAUAUAUAAAAGGCUCUGUAUUCUCUCUCUGUCGUGAAGACAAAGACUAAU